GAGCCAAAAAAGUCUUUAUGACUCAGCACGCGGACCUUCACACCAAACCACGCUCGUUCCGUUACAGGGAUCAGUCACGGAAGCGAUGCUGCUGCCAGUCCUUCUCGCGCUCCUCUCGGCGCUGCUCGGAGGCUUGUAUCUUCUGGGGGUGUUCAGACGGCGGAGGCCCGGGGAGCCCCCUCUGGACAAGGGUCUCUUCCCCUGGCUGGGCCAUGUCUUGGAGUUCCGCAGGGACACGGUCAAGUUCCUGCAGAGGAUGCAGAGGAAGCACGGAGACGUGUUCACCAUCCAGCUGGGCGGGUUCUACGUCACCUUCCUGCAGGACCCCUUGUCCUUCGGGCCGUUUGUCAAAGAGAGCCGCGAGAAGCUGGACUUCAACAAGUUCGCCAAGCACCUGGUGCACAGGGUCUUCGGCUACUGGUCGCCUCACAGCGAGCAUCACAUCCUGCAGCAGUCCAGCAACAAGCAUCUGAAGGGGGACGGCUUGGAGGUCCUCACGCAGUCCAUGACCGCCAAUCUCCAGAACCUGAUGCUGCACAACCUCGGCAAAGAGGAGCGGGCCUGGACGGAAGACGGGCUCUUCAUGUACUGCUACAAUAUCGUGUUCAGGGCGGGCUACCUGUCCCUGUACGGCAACGUGUCGCCCGGGCGCAAGGACGGCGAGGAGAAGGCCAAAGAGGAGGACAGGGCGGAAUCGGAGGCCUUGUUUUACAAGUUCCGUGAGUACGACCAGCUCUUCCCCAACCUGGCCUACGGUGUGCUGCCUCCCAAGAGAAGGCUGGAGUUGCGGGGCCUCAUGGACUACUUCUGGAAUGUCCUGUCGGUGCGCAAGGUGAAGAGCAAAGAAAACAUCAGCGGCUGGGUGUGGGACAUGCAGCAGGUGCGGGAGGAGAUGGGCAUGGACGAGGCCAUGAUCGAUCGGUACAUGUUCCUCCUCCUGUGGGCCUCGCAGGGCAACACGGGCCCGUCCUCCUUCUGGCUGCUUCUCUACCUGAUGAAGCACCCGGACGCCAUGGCCGCCGUCAAGGGCGAGGUGGACCGGAUCGUGCGCGAGUCUGGCCAGGAAGUCAGGCGCGGCGGACCCUUGCUUAAUCUGACGCGCGAGAUGUUGGUGAAGGCCACGGUCAUGGACAGCGCCGUGGAGGAGACCCUGAGACUCUCCGCCGCACCCCUUCUCACCAGGGCCGUGCUCCAGGACAUGACGCUGAAGAUGGCCAACGGCCAGGAGUUCCUCAUCCGCAGAGGGGACAGGAUGGCGGUCUUCCCGUACUGCGGCGUGCAAAUGGACCCCGGCAUCCACCCUGACCCGACCGCUUUCAAAUACGACCGCUUCCUCAACCCGGACGGGACCAGGAAGACAGAGUUUUAUAAAGAGGGCAAGAAGGUGAAGUACUACACCAUGCCCUGGGGCGCCGGGGUGUCCAUCUGCCCGGGCCGCUUCUUUGCCACCAACGAGCUCAAGCAGUUUAUCUUCCUGAUGCUGGUCUACUUCGAGUUUGAGCUGCUGGAUCCCGACACGGAAAUCCCCGGAAUAGACGUGCGGCGUUGGGGCUUUGGAACCAUGCAGCCCGUCAGAGACGUUCCCUUCCGAUAUAGACUCAGAUAUUAAACGCAGAGUUUCACGGGAUGAAAAUUCAAGACUUUUAAAAGGCCGACGCAAAUCAACCUGCCGUUCACGAAAUAUGGCCAUCAUCUUUAAUCAAAACAUUGAGUCUGACAGUAAUUUCAGAUGAAAAACUUAAGGCCUGAUUUACACAAUUCAAAAAAGCGGGCGGCUGCCAUUCAUAGAUGACAUUCAAAGUCGCAAAAUCAGAUUUGAGAGAUCACGUUGCACGAGCUAAAUCCAUCUAUUUGCAUCUACUCCGCUCGGAAUCUCCGAUAUUACUGUUACUGAUAUUACGGUACUGUUUUUGCACGGACAGACCGUGAGUAAAUCAGGCCCCACGACUUUUCCAAUGGAAACGGGUUGGUGAUUUUUGAACAGUUGAUUGAAGCAAUUCAAUGAAGACGUUCCUUUUGGAAAAUCAAAAAUAAAUACACCGUGUGUAAGAAAAAACGCAUACUGAAUCAUAUUUUCUAAGCCACCUGUCAUAAAUGCAAAAACCGUCGGUCGGCAUUAUGAGGUGCUCUGAUGCCGACUCUGUCAAAUUCAUCCAUAUAUUUUCUUCACCGCUUAUCCUCAUAAAGGUCACAGGGAGUUCUGGAGCUUAUCCCAGCUGUCAACGGGCAGGAGGCGGGGCACACCCUGAACUGGUUCCCAGCCAAUCGCAGGGCAGACAGAGACAAACAGACGCACUCACAAUCACACCUAUGGGCAAUUUAGAGUGUCCAAUUAAUGUUGCAUGUUUUUGGGGAUGUGGGAGGAAACUGGAGUGCCCGGAGGAAACCCACGCAGACACGGGGCAGAACAUGCAAACUCCGCACAGGCGGGUCUGGGGUUGAACCCGGGACCUCAGAACUGUGAGACCAACGCUCUACCAGCUGGUCCACCGUGUCGCCUUUUUCAAAUUCAAUAAGCUCUCAAUAUUUUAGCAUUUUGAUCAAGAAUGAUGCAUUUCGAACUGAGUUUAAAAUCUUGCACCUAAAUUUGAGUGAAACGUUCAAGCAUUAAAUAAUAAUAAUUCAAAUUUUACAUUUUACUCACAAAAUAUUCAAGUGUUUACUUGUAAAACGGUAUUCUUGAAAAAUCACUGGAAACAAUAAUAAUGAUAUAUUAGCAUACAAAAAUGGGGUUAAAUCUCUUCUUAAUGCAAAAACAUUAAUUACACGUCAAAAAAUUGUUUGCCUCGGUGUUGUCAUCCAUUUGUCAGUGACAGUAUGUAAGGUGAAACUUCACCAAUGUUUUAAUUUGUAAAGAGUGCAACAGCUUGAUCAGAGUCAUGUAUAAGUAUCGCUAUGUACUGUAUAUAUAUUUGAAAUAUAUUGUUCGAAAUGAAGGUCGCACAGGAUGAAAGUCAAAAGUCUGGAAAGGAGGAAGUGGCCACGCACGGAGCUACGAGGGCGCAUGCCGAUGACAAACACGUGCGCACGGCCAUGUUUUUCUCGCACAAUAUGGAAACACUUAACACACUCGACGGUAAACGUGAUUUUUUUAUUUUUUGAAGGUGUGACGUUGAAAGUCAUUGCCGAGGAAGAUAUUUAUUAAAAGUCUUUGGAAAUUCAGCCUCGCCAGAUCACACUUUCAAAAGUUGCAAUUAUGUUGACGUCACAUGCUUCAUAUUUAAUCAUCCUUUGUUGUUUUCUUUCACUUGUGUUUUUGUGACUUUCCCUGAUCAA